GAUCACAAUUUAAUAGUAAAUCAAAUUUUCUGUUCAUUGACAACAAUUAAAAGCAAUUAAAGAAACUAAACCUGCGAUUGUGAAACAAUUUACUUAAUGAAAAUACGAAGAAAAUGAAAGAUGAGGAUGAACAAAAUUCUGAGGCGACUCAGAGAGAAGAACAGUUAAUCUUCUCGAAUUUUUUUAUUCGUUCUUCGUCGACUAUCUCAGUGAUCUCUUUGUGGGUGGUGGUUUCCUUUUUCUCUCUCGAUCGAUUUAAUUAAAUAAGUUCUAAGGUCUAGACUGACAGUUCGAGGCUUUUAUCUUAAUCAACUCAACUUUUGAAUGAAACUGUAACACCAAGUUAAUUGUUCCCCAUUAUCAUCACCAACAUGUACCAAUUGAUUGUUGUUGUUGCUCAAUUUUGUUUCGCUUAUCCCAAGAAUAAGUCACCAAUUGAAAGAAAACAAUCUGAUCAAGUGACCACUCCCAUUGAUGAUAAAAUGAACUUGGAAUCAGCGACAAGGACAGUUGACCAAGAGAAAUCGCCGGUGGGUCUUCAUGGGGACAAAGGUGAUUCCAUGAAAAGUGAGGAUUCUCUUACUGUCAAAGGGCAGAGUGACACUCACCCAGCCACACCCAGUGCUUCCAGUUUAUCUACUUCCGGAACUUCAGGUUACCCGAUCUCCGUAACUGAGACGAUGGUCCAAAAAAAUGUGAACAUAACGGUUUCUUAUAAUCCACCAAAAUCGAUGUACACUUCAUUUGAUCAGCUGCGAUCACCGAGACCCAAUUGUUUCAUUAGUUCAAUUACUCGAGUUAAUGGUCAAUCAUUACCUUCCCCUGGGUCAGCAGUUAAAACUACUGAGAUUAAAUCACCAGAGGAAGUGACCGGUGUUAAAUCACCUUCACCGGAAGCCUGGAAAGUUGCUUUUGAAACCGGAAACGGUAUCAACUGGACACAAGCUAAACCGGUCACUAAUACAAUUACUAUUGAUCCUAAAAAGGUUAACAAUUCAAUAAUAGAUUCAAAUAGAUUAGUUGAUUGUAAUGAAAAUAAAGCUGAGAUUAAUUUGAUGGGGAAAAAUUCAAACCAAUUAACUAAUCAACUAAAUGGUGAAACGAGAUCGACUAAUCAUCAACAAUCUACUUUUCUAGAGACAAAUAAUCACUUGGAUGGAUCUCAAGCAAAUCUAAUUGUUACCAAAGAGACGAUACUUUGAAGGUUAAUUGUUGACAAUUAGACGUUUAUUUGUUCACUAUUUUCCUAUGUCAACAAUUAGAAACUUUUGGGAGAGCAAUUAAAUUUAAAAACUAAUUGAAUUAACAUUUUAAUUUAAUAAGCAAAACAAAUUGAAAAAAUUUCACUAAUCAUAAUGUUCAAAAGUUUAAAUUUAGCCAAUAGACAAUUAAGUGCACUCAAUAUUUUAAUUAUAUAAUUACCAUUAAUGUAUUAAUUAACUAAUCAUCUUAAUCAAGCCUUAAUCCUAAGAUUUAAUCCAAUCAAUAUUAGAUAAUUACAUUGUCCAUUACCUUAAUUGUUAGCAAGAUUAUGAUGCCUUAAAUUGAAUUUGUUAAUUGUAAGACAUUGGAUGAAAUUAACCAAUGAGAAUCAUAUUUUACUAACAAUUAACCACUCACUUUUUUCAUCAUUAUUAAUUUGAUUAGUCAACCAAUUUAGCAAUUUAAUUUAGUUGUCUUCCAAUUGCUUAUUUUUCAUUCAACUGUGCCAAUGAUUAUUUUCAAUUAAUUUGUGAUAAAUUUAGUUUGCAAUUAUCAUUAUUUUACUUGAUUACAAUCGAUGAUUAAUCAAUUUCAAUAAUUUCCUAUUACGAAAUUAAAACACAAUU